AUGCCCCGGAGGACGCUGGGUGGAGGUCGUGUUCUUGGCCCCGCGAACGCUCGUUCUCCAUCGGCAUUAACCCCGUCUCCGCAGCCCAGCAAUCCAAGACACCUCACCUUAUCACCGUCCGCCAGCAGCGUUUCCCUGAAUUCACAAGCCUCCGCAUCCCAGGUUUCCUCCGAAGCUCAGGAUCUUACGUCGCGCAUUUCCCUCGAAAAUGGUUCUGCCUCCAUUCCUGCUGCUCCGGCAGCUGCCGGAGCUCAGUUAGCCUGUCCGAUCUGCAGUGAGGAGAUGGUGACACUGUUGCAAUUGAAUAGACACCUCGAUGACGUCCACCAGAACCUGGAAGACGAUCGGCAAGAUGAAGUCAAAGACUGGUUCAAGACGCAGAUGGAUAAAGCCAAACGGUUUCAACCACUCGCAGUUUUAAACCAAAAGCUCAAGGGCUUGGACGUGUUCGAAUCCAAUGAGAAUUUACAGCCUUUUGCAGGCCCAAGUAGGCCCCCUGGACCUGUCCCGGCGCAUCCGCCUGAACCCCCGAGAACACUCGACCCGGACGACGUUAUAACGAGGGAUCACUGGCAAGGCCGCACCCUAUACGAUAUAUGCUUGGAACCGUCGUGUGGAAAGCGGCUCAAUGCUACAAAUGGUUGUGUCAAUUGUCGCAAAUGCGGAAAGCUGUUCUGUGAGGAUCAUACUAUGUAUCAGAUGAAGCUAUCCAGGUCGGCUCAACAUGAACCGGUCAGGGGACUAUGGUGCAGAGUCUGUGAAACUUGCUAUAAGUCGAGGGAGGGGUAUAACGAUCAUAAUGGGCUGGUGAGAGACCGCAUGAGUGAGUUCAGAGCGAUGAGGAAGCAGACAGUUGACAAGGACUUGCUGGAAGUUUCUCGCUUGGAGAAACGCUUGACACGGCUAACGCAACUGCUUGCAAGCCUGCCUGCGGAGCAGAUUCAGUCGAGCACGAAUAAGCUGUGGUCAAUCUCAUGGCAGGGCGAUCAACGAAAAGCCCUUGAGCAAACCAUAGUGAGUUGGCAGGAUGACUCGAGUGUUUCCCGGUGUCCGUUUUGCCAGCAAGACUUUACUAGCUACACUUUCCGAAGACACCACUGCAGGACUUGCGGGCGAGUCGUGUGUGGUGAUCCAGCAACUGCAUGUUCCACAGAGGUCCCUUUGAGCAUCUCACCUCUCGCAAAAACACCAGCAGAGAAGUCGCUGCGCGCAGGCAUGAUCAAUGUCGAUAUCAGACUCUGUAAGGACUGCCGGUCAACCUUGUUUGACCGUCGAGACUUCGAAGCCGAUAUCAUGAGGAAGCCGCCAGCUGUGCGGGCAUAUGAGAAUCUUACUCAAUUUGAGAGAGGCAUUCGGAUCUUGCUCCCUAAAUUUCAGAAAAUACUAGGGGCCUUGCAGGAUCCCAGGCGACCUCCAUCGUCUGCACAGAUCGCAGAAGCUUCCAAAGUCCGUAAGCGAUUAACAGACUCGUUCGCCCAAUAUGACGUUGCUGCUCGACGAGUUCGCGAUAUGCAGACAGACUCCCCCACCCAGCAGCGACUCCAGAAAGCUAUAUACCAACAAGCCAGCAAUUUCCUCCACCUUCACAUGCUCCCUCUCAAAUCCUUACCCAGAGUCCUCAAGCACGCAUCUCCCAACGGGGGACUUUCUAACUCCACCAACUCCCCCGCUAGCCCUAGCCCUAGCAACGGUUCACUUGGUGGCCCUCGACGGCAGGGAUCCGCUCUUGCGUCGAUCAAGUACGGCAACAUUGCCGCUAGCGGCAGCAAUGCCAGUCUAGCUAGUGAUACCAGCAGUGCCGUUUCCGCACUAGAAGCUGAAGAGAAGUCACUUCGGGAGCGGCUUAUUGUACUGGAAGAGCAGAAGUUCUUCGUAUCAGAAAUGAUUGCGGAUGCAAACAGACGCCGCAAAUUUGAUGAGGUUAGCAGUCUUGCUAUGAAUAUUGAAGAUCUCACGCGAGAGAUUGAUCGAGUCAACGGAAUGCUGGACGGCUUGGACUUUGAGGGUGUCUAUACCGGUGCUCAUUGA